GAGCUCUGUGAAUGAAAGAACCAGGCAGCAGAUGCGGGAAACUCGAGGGCUGAUAGACUCCCUGGUUGGAUACAUCGAAAACUCCCUGCAGGAGGGAAAAGGAGAGGACAAGGGAGUAGAAAACUGUGUAUGUGUCCUGCGCAACCUGUCGUACCAGCUGUACUCUGAGAUCCCAGCUUCAGUUCAGAUGCGUUUGGAAGGACCCACUCGAGCACAGGACACGCGGCACAACGACCCCAUCGGCUGCUUCACACCACAGAGCAAGAAAACAAAAGAUGUCAGUCACUCAUCUGCAGUCUUCUACGCACCUUAUUGGAUUAGCUAUAUUAUUAUUCUAAAAAGUUCCCAAACCUGAUCUGAUAUUUCAUUAAAUUCUUUGAAUAUAGAGUAUAGUGCAAAUAGUAAUGCAUGCGCUACCAAUAAAAAAGCUUGAG